GCGCGCCGAAUUCGCUAUGCGCCUAAUGAAUGAGUGAUGGCUGUGAUAUUGAUGUCAAUUUGUACAAUAAUAAACCCUAUAUUUUAGUGUUUUAACGUAUUUAUUUGUUUAAUAACAAAUGGGAACAAGGCAGGUAUUAGCUGUGAUAGGAAAUUGAAUGCAUAGAAAUGUCUCAGUCAAGAUUUAGUUGUGGUUAUGAUAGCGAUUCUAGUGAUGAUUAUGGGGACUACAGUGACCAAGAUUGCAGUCAGGGCCUAUUCCAAGGGUCACGAAGGUUUGCAAGUCGGGGUAAAUGGACAAAGGAAGAGGAUGAUAAGCUAAGAAAUGCUGUAGAAUAUCAUGGUUGCAAUGAUUGGAAAGUGAUUGCUAGUUAUGUUGAUCGAAAUGAGUUACAGUGUAUCCAACGAUGGCAGAAAGUCCUGAACCCUGACCUGGUCAAAGGGCCUUGGACAAAAGAAGAGGAUGAUUUGGUCGUUAGAUUGGUGAAAGAAUAUGGCCCAAAGCGAUGGUCUCUUAUCUCAAAAUACCUUACUGGACGUACUGGAAAGCAGUGUAGAGAACGAUGGCACAACCAUCUCAAUCCAAAUAUCAAGAAAUCAGCAUGGACUGUUGAAGAGGACCGAAUCAUCUACGAGGCACAUAAGCGUCUCGGUAACAAAUGGGCGGAGAUUGCCAAAUUGCUUCCGGGAAGAACGGAUAAUGCAAUAAAAAACCAUUGGAAUUCAACAAUGAAACGAAAAGCAGAAAGUAAAAGCAACCCAUACUCUCCUAGCAACCAGUUAGCCUGUGGCUACAGAUACGGACAGGCCUCUUCUGUAUACCCAGUGUAUCUAAGCAGCAGCAAUGCAGGCAUAUCAAGUGCUCAGCAAAGCCAAGAGGGAAGCAGUCUGAGAAGCAUUCUUCAAACAAACAUGAGACGAGGCACAAUGCCCUCGACAUCUAGCCAGCUGUCAGGCAUGAUGAAUGUACAAGAGAGUCCCAUGCGUUGGAUUGUGAUGGACAAUGAGGACACCAUUUCACCCUUUAGAGAUAUACCAGAAAUCGCCGAUACAAACUUCUUGGAACAAGACCCUCGAUUGGAUGAUCUUAGCACGUUUGAAAUGCUUAACCUUCUGGGUGAGGAAACACGUGGAGUAACUCCAAUAAAACUGACCAAGCUUCAUCAAAAAGGUGCCACAGGUUAUCGAUUUGACGGACAUGCCAUAGCAAACUUGUCUAAGGACACUUCUGGACGUCUGAUACCAAUCACCUCACCAGUGACAUCCAAGUAUAGCACACCACCUACCAUCCUAAGGAAAAAAAGAAAGCGAUCUCAUUUGGAUAGAAGUUCAAGGAGCAGUAAUUCAUCUCUCUUGAAGACACCAGAUAUUAAACAACGCUGUAAAGACACCAGCACACCCAAGACAACACCUAUAAAACCAUUGACGUUCUCACCAUCACAGUUCUUCAACUUACAUAGUCCAAUAAUAGGAAUAACACCUGUUAAACAACAGCUGACAUCAACUCCCAUCUCCAAGAUAGAGCCAAGUACAAGUGUGUUGAGUACACCUCAGUUUUUGACACAGACACCAAGUGACAAGGAAAACUUCCCAGAUGGGUUCUUCAGGACACCUAAAAUUCGCAGGGCUUUGUUAGAGACUCCAAGAACUCCAACACCCCUAAAGGAUGCCCUUGCAGCCUUGGAAAAGAAAAGUGGACCUAUUCGCAAGCUGCCUCUGACACCAGACAAUCUUGUAGAAGAUAUAUCAGAAAUCAUUAAGAAAGAUGAAGAAUUGUCCGGAUUUAAAGCAAUGUCUUCUUUUAAACGAAAGCAGACACAGAUUGACACUCCUGUAAAGACAGUGAGGAAAACUCUAAGCAGCCAGUGGGCGGAUGAAAAGAAAAACACAGAUGACUACUUCUUCUCUAUGCCUGGCACUGCAGAAACGCCUUCCUCACAGUUUCCUAAUUCUGAUAGUAAUGCGAUCAUUCGUCAGCUUUUCCGUGAUUCUUCAACCCUUUUAUCUGAUGAUACAAAUAUGGGUAGUUAUAGUUUCCCGUCACUGGAGCAUUUUGGCUCUGAACCAGCACCGCUGAGUCAUUUACUACCACCCAUUACUAACACAAACUUUGGUGCUGUACCAUAUAAUACACCUGAUUUUGACCAAAUGGAUUCGCAGAGCUCGUCUAUCCUGGCUGAGUCCUCACUUCUCAUGUCCCCUGAAGUACCAAGCAAGAACAGCAGCGAUAGUUUCUCUGUUACCCUUGACCAGGGCUUUAUUGUUCCAGCAGUACAGACCAAUAUCAGUAAAUACAGAUCUAACAAGUCCUUGAGAGACUUGAAGAGGUUCAACGAAACCCCCUAUAAACCCUCAAUUAAGUUGAACAGGGCAUGGGAGGCUGUGGCUUGUGGCCAGACAGCUGAUCAACUCCUCCUCAUUCAGCAAGCCAAGAAAUACCUCUUCAGCAGUAUCAAGCCAAGGUCCUUGAAACUAUAAAGCAUUGCAGAACACACGUCAAACCCACAGAUUUUUUGGGGGGGUGGGGUGUUUUUUUUUUGUGCGUGAGAUUUAAAGACACCACUCUCUCACUUAGUGAGUUCACCACAUUUGUCAGAGUUCAGAUUUUCUUUGUAUUGUGUUUCGUUGCAGCUAUGUUGGGGUUUAUAUGCUUUGAUUCUUAGUGCGUGCGAAUUAAAGACACCACUCUCUCACUUAGUGAGUUCACCACAUUUGUUAGAGUUCAGAUUUUCUUUGUAUUGUGUUUCGUUGCAGCUAUGUUGGGGUUCUUAUACUUUGAUUCUUAGUUAUGUACGGGAAAUUCUAUAUCUAAUGAAAAUAAUGAUAAUUUACAAAGUGUAAAAUAUAUUUAUUAUUUAUGAUCUGAUAUACGUAAAGGAUUGCCUACGUAUUGGUGAACUCCUAAAGGGCAGUUUAAAAUUUGAUUAAAUGAAUAAAUUAGAUUUAGUCUUUAUAUUGAAACUUUAUUCUUGAUAACUUCUGUUUUUGCUGAUUGUAUAUUCAAUAAUUAAUGUGUAUUUCUAUUCACGUCUCAUUGGUCAAUUUUCAUUUUUCUUUCUGCUCCUUUUUUUUUCUUUCUCAUUUUCCUUAAAAGAAAAUGCAUCCGUUCUGUUUAUCUGCAAAAUUUAAUUAAUAAUAUAUUCACUGCUUUCUUGCCAAGCUGUGGUGGAAGUGAUACACCAGAGAGUAGAUGAUUUUGACAAACAAUAUGGUAAUACACUGGUUAAUCAUAGCAGUAAAAAAUUGCUAUAACACAUAGUAUAUUUUACGCAUAAUAUUGCUAGAAUUUUUUAUACUAAACAUGAAAAAAUUAUUACCUAGUUAUAAUAUACGGCCUUGCUCAUCAGCAAACAUAUAAUAUAUUUUCCAAACAAAAAUAUUCUAUAUUUUUGCCUAGAUAAAUAGGUUUUGUCUGUGUUAAUAUUUUUAUGCUUAUAAACACAAUUUGGAAUGAUGUGGAAACAAUCCAGUAGCUUAGUAAAAAUAGCUGAUUUUACAGUAUAUAAAGUCUGGUAUAAUAUGGAAUAUACAUCGACAAUAGUAUCAUUAUAGAAUCAUUUAUAUUCAAUAGUAUUUCUAUAUGUUGAUGUGAUAAAUUUUGCCAUGUAUAUUUAUUUUUAUCUUGACAAUUUUAAUGACCUAAUUUGUGUAGCUUAUUACUAUUAUUUUGUAGUAAAUAUUUAUAUUAAAGUUCUAAUUAUAAUCAUUAUAAUCAUUAUAUUAUUAUUAUUAUUGUUAUUAUUUAAGUUAACACAAAUUCUAGUUACAUUGAUAUUAGUGACAGCACACAAAUUUAUUCAACAAAAUGAGACAUUAAUACCUUUACUAUGCCAAUAUUAAUAAUAAUCAAUAAGUGAUUUAACACAAUACAUAUACUGUAAUUUAAGAGAAUGGGAAUAUGUAAAAUGACAUUGCCUGCAUUGUUCUGUCUUUUUGCUGGUGUAUGAGAGGCUAGCGAGUGGUGACCUUAUGUAGAAUAUUAUGCAAGGAUUGUCAAAACAGUCUCCCGUGAUUGUGAAGGUUCUGGUAAAUGACCAGCGUGUUGUAUAAACCUCUGCACAAUUAAAAAAGCAUAAAUAUUGUGUAAAUUGACUUACUCUCAACUACCUUUGUCAGGUAGCAUAUCCCUCAAGGAUUUCAAACAGUGUUAAAAAAAGAUGUUUUCGUUCCGUUCCCAGGUUAUUAUAUCAUAUGAAGAUGAAGAAUUGUAUAUAAAUGUACAAUAAGUUGAUUACCUUGUAAGGAUCAUUAACAGCAGGUUAAACACAAUUUUUUGUUAUGUAUAUCAGUUUUGAUUGAGCAUGAAUUCAGUUUCAAAAAUGUAUAUACAGUACUGUGUAGGUUUUUGGUUUGAGAUGUGAAUCUCUAGCAGGCUAGUCUUGCAUUGAAUGCUUUGGUUUUGAUUCUCUCAGUUCUGGUUAGUUGUAAGAUAUCUCUUGAUUCUUAAAUUUUAUUUUCAGGCAUUUACAAGCUUGUUUAUAUAAAGCGCAUUGCAAGCCAUAGCAUGUUGCGAUGUACAAAUGCCUCCCUCUCUCUCUCCCUCUAAAAAUAAAAAAUAAAAUACACCUAAUUAAGCACAAAAAAGGGUAUUUCCUAAGCACAGAGACAUUCCCACCUUUUUUUGGUUGGUGGGAGAGGGGGGUUGGGGGUUUAUUAAUCACCAAGCUCGUUGCCAACCAUUAUUUAAACCACCUCAUGCAUUUUGGUUGGUGGAAUAGUAACCACAUGACUAAAAUCCAUGGUUAGGUUAUCAAAUCAAAUUAAUUGCAGCUUAAACAUCAUACCAGCAUGUGCAGCUCCUUAAUAAAAAGAAUAUAUUUUUUUCCAAAAAAAAGCUGGCCCCUGACUUUCAAGACUUUGACCUCUGCUUGGGCAACACAAACUCCCAUUUUUGUGUUUAUCACGUAUCUCUUAAAGUGAUUCGUAAUGAUAGUUUGCGUGGUAACAUGAUGUGCUAUAUUAAUUUAGUGUCCCUAUCUCAGGAAGGUGAGAAUGUUUAAUUUCUGACAGGUGGGAAAGAUUGUUAUCAAUUUUUCAUGUAUCUAUAAAUACUUUUAAAAAAAAAAGAUUAUUAUAUUAAGUUUAAUAGUUCAGAAAAAUUGUUUUGACGUGGAAGGUUUUCCUUGGAAUCUUAUAUAAUUUACAUGUAGUAAUUUUUCAAUUUUUAUCAAAUUAAAUUUUUCAUUUUUCCAGUAGUAUACAGCAGUUCCUGUAUUAGCAUAAAUAGAUUGAUUUUGCUAGCAAUAUACUUGUUUAUUUAUUGAUUUAACUUCAUUCUACUUGGUAACUCUUCAUUCUUACCAGGAAUUACCACUGGUUUCAUAAUGUCGCACGGGUCAUUGUUAAUUAAUUUAGUGAUUGAUUUUCCAUAUUUAACAUCAUUUGAAAAAUUGCAAGUGUGCAAAUAUAGAAUAUGAAUCUAGUAAUUGGCAUGUUACCUCAUCAAGGUGGCUGGUUUAUUUCUUAAAUUUUCUCUGUAUGGUAAUUAUUUUCAUAAAAGCUCUUCUGUAAGUUUGUAGGAAUAUGAUGUAUAUUCCAUCAGGAUA